UAUGAUCUAUUCAUAAAUGACAAUGAAUUUGAUCAAGAUAAAAAUUUAAUUAAAUAGUUUAACAGUGCUAAAAGAGAAAGAAAAACUAUUGAAGCACAUAAACAACUACUUGAAAAUAGAGUUGCAAUCUUAAAAUUAGAAGCAAUUAGAACUUUUAAAAAAAUAAGGGAAACUUGUAAAAAGGUUUUAGAAAUUUAUUAUCUUAAAAAAAAAAGAAAACAAUAAAUUUAUUUAAUUAAUUAAAUAAUCUUGAAAGA